GAAAAGUGGGAAAAAAAAAUAAACAAACUAUGCUAACAAAGAAAAUAAACAAUAUAAACCAAAUGCCGAUUGCGAAUAGUUUUUCUAACAAAAAGGCCACAAAGUAAUCUAGUUGAAAUCAGAUUACAAGCUUAAAUAGUUGAAUGAUUUGGCUUUUGUCGGACGAACAAUGGUCUUAGUUAUUUGAAGUGAGAAAAUUAUGCAAAAUAUGGCUAAACCUAAAACUAAUAAUUACAUUUAACGAAUCAACGUUUAUGCAAUAAGUGAAAAAUAAUUCAUUCAAAUAAAUAUAAUCCACGUUGUUUGUCUAAAAAAGAGUAACUAAAGCAGCAGCAGAAGUGAUUGUAUAUUAUCUAGUUGAACUGGAUUUCGAUAUUGCCAAGAACUAAACAAAGGCCCCGAAAUUAGUUGCAAUUCAAAGGAUUUUAGCAUAGCCACAUAUCAAAGGAGCACAACAAGUAAUUGUAUUACAUUUCAAAAGGCCAACGAUGAGUGCAGGUGCUGUGUGAAAGUGCCUCUGUUCCUGGAGAGCGGCGGAUCCUAAGUUGAAUCAAAGCCGGAACGUGACUUUUGCCAAAAGUAAAUUGAGCCACCGCAGCGAUAAAAGCUGCCAUGCCAACCGGCGAGUGGCGCUAGGACACUCGUAAAGAUAAAGGAUCCAUGGCCCGGCCAAAUGCAGGUGCACCCGUGAUGCCAGCCGAUGACAUCUAUUCGCGGGUGCACUCCGCCACCCUCGGGCUUCACCAGUUCCACCUGGUCCACCUGCUCCUCCCGCUCCUUCUGCUCCUGCUGCAGCUGCUGGCACCGGCUGCAGCGAGUCCCGUGAAUCCAUGUGCCCACAAGGGCAUGGCCGAGCUGAUUCGCAACAGUCCGGUGAUUGUCAAGGCCCUCGUCGCGCGCAUCUUCACCGAUGAGCCGGAGGGCACGGUGCAGUCCCUCGCACAGGACACGAUUUUAAUAACAUUAACGCCGGAAACGAUAUACAAGGGUGCCUCGCUGCUGAAAGUGGCCAACGGCAAUGGCGAAGCCGAGAAUGCCAGGUUGGGAGAUGGUCUCAUGUCCUGGAGCUCGGCACACCGCAGUCGAGGCGGCAGCGCUGGAUCCGCGGGCAGCGGUGGUGGCUCCUGGAGCGGCGCUGAGUCAGCCUUUCAGUACGAGGGGCAGUUGAAUGCGACCCUCCAGCCGCUGCGUUGCUUCGAUAAUAACAUGCUGAAAAUGCUGCCGGCGGAGUUAAUUGCCUUUGGCAAACUGCUGCCCGCUGCGACGGCAGCCACCGGAGGCACUCCUACCGCACGACAGCUUCAGCGACCGCCCGUGGGUGGCGCCACUGAUGUGCUGCAAAUCAGCGUCAACGGGCUGCAUCGCUGGACGCCGCAGUUCGAGAAUCACAUCUGGAAGCAUUUGGGCUGGGACGAUUGGAGCGACUUCACCUUGUGCAGUGUCACCUGCGGUCAGGGGGUGCAGCAGCGUUUCCGGCGCUGUCUGCUCGACAAUCCGCUGGUGGACAUGAACAUGAACAUCAAUCUGGAGGAGGAGGAGGACGACGAGGCUGUGGCUGCAGUUGAUGCGGACGCAGUUGGACUUUCCGUGUCCAAGGAGACGGACGCUUUCGACGUUGGCAGCAACGAUCUGCUGGCCGACGACGGGGAUGAGAACGAGCUGCUCAUAAUGCGGGCAAGUGGCGACGAGUCAUUGUAUAAAUUUGACCAGGCCACGACGACGAUUACGCCGCAGACCAGAGACCCUGCCCAUUCCCAAGCGAAUGCUAGUCCCCCGGCAACGGAUCCCUUGGGAGAGACAAGCGGCGGUAAUGAACCACCAAGAGAUGAUGGAGGAGGCGUCGAUGGAGGAGCCGGCGAAAGUGUCAGGUUUGUGCCGAGUGCACACAAUGAGCGGAGUGGGAACAAAGUGGGAGUGGGAGUGGGAGCGGACACUGGGACCAGGAAGCCACGUGCCAGCAAUCAGCACAAGAAACGCAGGCCCGCCAAGAGCGUGGCCCUGUCGACGCUCCUCUGCGAGGGCUACAACAUCGAGCAGCGCAACUGCAACAGUUUCGAGUGCAGCGAUGACAUAAGCGAUCUGCUUAAGUUCUACAAGAAACUGCCCAUGGGUGAGGAUCUGCCCACCCAAGCCGCGGAUGCUUCACUAGCCUCCUCCUACCCGGAUGCAUAUUCAAAUGUGGACCUCACCACGGCGGGUCUGAUGGGCACUGGCUUCAGUGCAACGCCCUCGACGCCGUACAACAUGGGCUACGUGCGCAGCUGGAGGAACUUGCUCAACUUCACCCUGAUGGUCACAUUAAGGGCUAAGAACGACACCAAGAGCACGGCGACCAUAUUCUCCAUACGGAAUGCCACCCACAAUCUUUAUCUGGAGGCCUGCAGGGACGGACUGCGUUUGUAUCUGGAGCGGGACAAUACGACGGAAAUGUUGCCGGUGAAAUUCAAUUUAUACGAUUAUCGCUGGCAUCAAGUGGCCAUCAGCAUUCAGAACGGCGAUUUCAUAUCGAUUUACGUCGACUGCGCGUGGACAAACAGUUUCGUUGUCUCCAAGCGACUUUUCACGUUGCCCGUGGACGCGGAUGUGGAAAUCGGACGCGGCUUCAAUGGCGAACUGCAGCAACUGCUGGUGCUGCCGGAAAACCAGGAGCGGCUGCAGUGCAGCAACAAGCGCACCUCCAUCAACGAGGUGAAGCGCUAUAUCAUCGACACAUUCAUCGAGGACUACAAUGGCAACUGAGGCCGCAGCCGAAGCCAACGGCAGCGCAAAUCGACCGAGUGCCACUGAAUAUGCAUAUAUUAUGUGGCAGCAAGUGGCAGCAAGUGCACACACAAAAUCCGAUUACAAAUUCGGCAAAUCAAAACUGCAUAGAUUUAUGAUUAUUCAUUUCAUUUGCAUACAUCUACAUACAUAUGUAUAAGGGCAAAGAAUGUAUGUGCAACUUUACAUACUAAUAUUACGCAUACGCCAUGUGAUUUAUGCGCUAGCAAAACAGCGCACUCCACCACAGAAUCUGGAGUCCAUAAACAGUCAGUAAAAUUCGAUCACGGACCCAUUAUGAAUGUCAACAUUCGCAUUCCAAUCCAGGGAAUGUGCUCGGUAUUUGUAAUAAAUAAGCUAAUUUGACGGAAUACAAUAAUUGUAAACGCAGAAAUUAAAACAAUUUGCAUAGCGAAAGUGAAAUGCAAAAAUGAUAAGGCGGAAGUUAAGAUCAAAUAU